UACGUGAACAUUCUAUAUUUAUCCUACGGCAAUAGUCAAUAUUUUUUCGUAUUUUAUAUAAUUUCGUGUUUUUUUUAACUCAUCCGUUUGCCAAAUGUCGUAACUCAACAUAAACAGAUUAGCAGAUGAACCCGAAUACAUUAAAACAGUGGCUUUAUCGUGGAGAAAUUGAAAAACUCGAACAUGUUGUUUUGGAAGGAAGAGGAUCACGAUUGUUGGGCGAACGCUCGCCUGAUCUCAGAACUAGAGUUUUUCUCAAAGGAUUGCCAAAUUAUUUAACGAAGAUCUCCCAAAUACACGAUGCAGUUGUUCGAGGUUCGUUAUCAGAAUGUCAGAAGUUGUUAUCGGAAGAGCCGAAGAAAAAAUUGCCUUUAGCAAAAGAUUCAACAGGGACACCUUUAAUCCAAAAAGCAGUCUACUAUGAUCAUCAGGAUAUUGUUGAGUGGCUCACCCAACAAUUUCCUGCCACUGUUCAUCAGAAGGACAGGGAAGGAAGGACAGCCUUACAUUAUUGUGCAGCUUGCAGGGAACCGGAAUUAAUCUGGGACAUUUUGAUAGAAGCAGAUUGCGACGCAAGUAUCUGUGACAAAAAGGGCAAUCCAGCAGCUUAUUACUUGGAACAUCACUCUGAGAUUGAGUUACCAGAGACAGAAAGAAUGGUUAGCCGGAAAGUAAUUAGCCACAAAGAAAAUUUAGAAUUCAAGCCAUCCAACAUAAGGAUAUGGAUUCACAAUAGAGAUAUUGGAAAACUUCAACAGGUAUUGUGGGAUGGGCAUGGUGCCAAACUUCGGUGUGAAACAAGUAACAACCCUAGAGUGAAGAGAUUCUUGGAAGCCGUACCCUUUAUAAUGGGAACAAUAAAGGAGAUUCAUGCAAGAGCAAUAAAAAACGACGUUGAAGGUUUCAAAAGGAAAAUUGCAGAUCCAGUUUCUCCCAUAAUCCUCUGCAGUAAAGAUAUCAAUGGACAUAAUGCUCUUCACAAAGCAGCUGGUCUGGGAAAUCUAGAAAUAGCUCGAGAAAUUCUGGAAUUAUAUCCAGACGCAGUUUUUGCACAAGCCAAUGAUGGAAAGACACCUUUGCAUUAUGCAGCCGCAGCUAAAGAUGAUGGACUUAUGUAUAAUUUGCUUGUUGAGUUUGGUGCAGAUGAAGGCAAAUUGGACAAUAAAUUUAAAGCGCCUGCUUUUUAUAAAAAUCGACCCACGGAUGUGGAUAUGUCAACAUUGACGAUUAUUCCCGAUGCUCCACGUGUUUCCGGAUCUUAUCCAAAAAAUUGGGAUUGGCGAAUAUUGGACACUGAAGACAACGUAAUUCGGGAAAUGAGAAAAUCAACGAGCAAAAUUGCCGAAAUAGCUGAGAUUGAGGGGCCUUUCAAUAUUGAAGAUUCACCGACUAAAGUGAAAAAUGGUACACAUGAAGGAGAUUUGAUGAAACAGACUGAACCUGAGGAGGAGGAAGAGGAGGAGAAAGAGGGUGAGGAUGAGGAUGAGGAUGAGGAGGAGAAAGAGGGUGAGGAUGAGGAGGAUCCUGUCUCAAAUUCCCUGAUAGAGGAUAACAGUCAAGCAGUUGAAAAUGAAGAACCAGAAGUCAAUUCUCCAGAAAAAAAUUCACCGGUAUCAAUCGAUGAUUCGGAGAAUAACGAAGAAGAAAAUCCUGUAGAAGAUCCUAAUGAAAGUCCGGAAGAAAAUCCAGAAGAAAAUCCAGAAGAGAGCCCAGAGGAAAAUUCAGAAGAAACCCCAGAAGAAAAUACAGAAGAGAGGCCAGAAGAAAAUCCAGAAGAAAAUUUAGAAGAAAAAUCAGAAGAAAAUCCAGAAGAAAACCCAGAAAAAAAUCCUGAAGAAACUAAUGAGGAUGCUAAUCAGGAAGAAGAUGACAAUAAUAAUGUGGAUGAGGUCAAGAAUGCAGAGCAGAAGGAAAGAGGUGACGCAAGCACGGGCGAUUCUGGGGUUGACGAUGCAUUAAAUGAAGAAGUAAUCCUUGGUGAGCAUGAGGCCCUGCUGGAAUCCGAUUUUAAUGAUGAGGGAAUGGAGACAGAUACUGAAGUAGAAAAAUUAACACAAAACGGAAACAUGGAACAACUGGCAGAAUUAGUACUUAACGGAGAAGGCAGAAGACUAGUUGGCAGGCAUUCUAGCAAUCCAGAACUCCAGUCCUUUAUUGACAACGUGCCAGCUUACAUGGGUAAAAUCCAUGCAGUACACAUGGCAGCUCGAGAAGGUAAUCUAAGAGAUUUACAAAGUGCUCUUGAUCGUCGUAAAUUUGCAAUAGCUAGAGAUGGAUCUUCGCCUCGUGGAGCAACACCUUUACACGUGGCUGUGAUUUUUGGACAUACUACAAUAAUUAGAUAUCUUGCGGGAAGAUUUCCUGAAACAGCGCAUGCAAUGGAUCUCGAUGGAAGAACACCAUUACAUUAUGCGGCCACCCUCGCUGACAACGGGCAUUAUUAUAAUCUUCUUUUACAUCUGGGAGCGAAUCCUCUCAUUCAAGAUAAAUUGGGUCAAAAGGCAGAAUAUUAUAAACAAAAUCAAAACGAUUUAUCACAUAAGAAGCUUUUACGUUCUUUUGGGGCACAUGAGAAUCUUGCUGAUGAAAUGCUCACCGACAAAGGCAAAGAUCAAAGUGAGAGUUCAAUUUUUCGUGUUGAGGAAGGUCGUUAUCUAGCAAAUUCACUUGGAGAUCCUUUGAUAAAAGGAUUAACAGAAGUUGCGAAAACACGUCCAGAAGAUCCGGUAACGUACCUUGCCUCAUUCUUGUACAAUUUUGUCAACAAGAAAAAAACAUCAGACCAAACUCAUGAAGCUAAUGUUUUAAUUAUUGAUGAACGAGAAGAAGAAACGAAUGAUAAUGCAGAAGACGAUCCCGGUUACCCUCAGAGUCCCGACAUCGAUCCCAUGGAAUCAAACUUUAAUGGCACGAACCGAGAUGAACAUGGCCAGUGCAUUCUUCAUUUUGCAGCAGUCCGAUCCCACUCAAAAGACGCACUGUACCAUCUUUUGCAAGAUGCACAGUUAAAUGUGGGAUUUAGAGAUGAACUUUAUCGAACUGGCAGGGACAUAGCAGAGCAAGCAAAUAUCCAAGAAAAUAUUGAUGAAAUUGAUCGAUGGGUUGUUUAUUUGGCGGCACGAGGAGAGACUGAAAAAUUAGUGGAGUUACUAUUGGAAGGAUAUGACCACAUUUUGGACGCCACGGAUUCAGGAGUGAAUAUAGUCGACGUAGCUAAUCAACAGGGGCACGAAGCAACUGUUCAGUUUCUUCAAUCGAUACCUAAUUACAUGACGAGGAGAGAAGAAUUGCACCGCGCAAUACGAGCAGAAGAUACAGAAUUAGUGAAAACUCUAUUAGAAAAAAAUGGUGGUGGUGCAAAAUUGCUUUGCAUUGGCAAAAAUAUAUAUGGACGAUCAGCACUUCACAUUGCAGUUUUGAAAGAAAAUGAAGAAAUUGUGGAACACAUAGUUCACAUAUUUCCGGAAACUCUAAGGAUUGGUGAUAAUAUGGACAGAACUGCUCUUCAUUAUGCAAUGGCUUUGCCAUCUAUUGAAGUGUUAAGCAAUAUUCUAAUAAAAGCUGGAGCCAAACGAGUGAAGAAAGACUUGAAAUCAAGACAACCAACCUACUAUUACAUGAACAAAUCGGAAAUUCAUCAGCUUCAAGAAGAAGAAAUAAUAUUGUCAAGCUAGAUUUAUUACUUAAAUUGAAACUAACUGGAUUAAAUUGUGUUGAGAGAUUUGUAAGGAGAAGAAAGAGCAAAAUCAUAUUUUUUACAAAUGCAGUGAAAACGUCGUUCUUUUCUGUAUAAAAUAUUGAACCUAUUUGAUAUCAAGUCAAAUCUCCCGUUGCUUGUGUAUACGAAAUAUUAAUAUUUAUUAAUGAAUUAUAUCUUCCACAGAAAACAAUAUCCAAUCUUUUUUGUAAAAUGUAUAAAAAGAUUAUCUUUUUUAUUCGUGUUCUCUCCCCCUUUCAAUCUUUUCAAUGUUUUGUACAAUUUAUACUUUAAGACUUCAUUAUAUAUUUUGUGAAUUUAAUUUGUUUAAACUUGAGUCUCCUUACACCACUCGUUGUUAACGAAUAAAUUGUGCUAAAUCUCUAAAUGCUCAAUAUGAAAUAAUAAUUUUAAACAUGUUAUCUUACAAUCAUGAGCAGAGAUCUUGAAUGUGAAAAAAAUGACAGUAUUAGAAUCAUUAUCUGUGUAAACUACUAUAAAAUUUGUCAGUAUGUAUGUUGUAAUUCUUUCAAUAUAAUUGUGGAUCGAA